AUGCCGUCGAGGCAGUCCACUGUUCCCAAUUUAGAUCUUAGCCCUUCCACCCUGCAGGGAAAUGCGAAGAUCUCGUCUCCACUGACGCCCGGCGCCCAAAGCUCCGACGGACCGAGUCCCCUGACACCCCAUUCUCCCAAGUCUUCAUCGAGCUCGCCAUUUUUCAAGGGGGCAACAAUCAGACCUGUCACACAAGAGUCCAACAACCACAACAAACCUAACAGCCCUACGUCUACCGGUUCUGCUUCUGCGGAACCUGCUACUCCGGGCCUGACAGCCAUUCCUCAGUAUCCUCCCUCUCCGAGGGAUUCUCCUAAGCAUACUCGAGACCCUUCUCGCUCUUUCUUCGCCAAUCUCAAGGCGCCGAAGGUGUCGCAUAGGGCUCAGAGGUCAGACGGUUCCGGUGAUUCGGGGAGCAAUCCAAAGAGCCGCGGUAGCUCUAGGGAUCGCAAAACGCAGAUUUCGUCGAAACAGUACGAAUCAACCCCUGACCUGCCAGGCACCAUUGAGCGCGUGGCUCAACAAGAACGUGGUGAUCUCCCAGAGGAGAAGAAGCUACAGCCCAUAGACUCGAAGAAGAUCUCCACAGAGGCAGAACUUGCCAGCGCCGCUCGAAAGAAUAAACCGCGAUUUGCCAAUUUACUCUCCCGUUCCCGUUCGAUCAGGUUAGACGAAUCUUCUAUGAACAGAAUAGCGAAUAGACGACCAUCAACCAGUCUCAUGAGGUUGGAAGAGUGCAGUAAGCGGGAGGCUCAGGAGCUGUCCAAGACAUCACGUCAUGAUCGUGGUAUAAGGACUGCUGGCAAUCCUACAGUACGCAGUAACACUUCCGACCGAUCUACAGAAUACAACAACGGCUCCGUCCGCAGCAACAAGACCUAUGGCGGAUCCAUGGUUCCGUCUGCAUCACUAAGUCAAGUUUCUGGCGCAUCAGCUACACUUUUCAAUAAUCUGAAACAAUCAUCCAGCGGUGCAGCUGAUCGCAUUGGAAAAGCCGGGAAAGGAUUCUUUGGGAAAAUCACUCGCAGCGGCAGCACCAAUGAACGUGAGCUAUUCAACGAUGACAAUUACAUCUGCUCCGUGAUCAACUUACCCUUGAUACAACAAGCGCGUCGGACCCGAAUAGCGAAGAGGCUUGAAGACUGUCGGGAUAAGACUGAAUUCUGGAUGCCCGCUUUACCCUAUCGCUGCAUCGAUUAUCUCAACUUCAAGGGCUGCGAGGAAGAAGGGCUAUAUCGUGUCCCGGGUAGCGGUAAGGAAGUGAAGCACUGGCAAAGGAGAUUUGAUACAGAGUACGAUAUCAACCUUUUUGAUGAACCGGAUUUAUACGACAUUAACACGAUCGGGUCUAUGUUCAAGGCUUGGCUCCGUGAGCUACCUGAUGAGCUGUUCCCGAAAGAGACCCAGGCUAUGAUUGCUGAGAAGUGUGAGGGCGCAACAACUGCUCCGCAAUUGCUGAAGGAUGAGCUCUCCAAACUCCCGCCUUAUAACUAUUACCUUCUCUUCGCAAUUACCUGUCACUUAAACCUGCUCCAUUCUUAUGUCGAGCAGAACAAGAUGGACUAUCGGAACCUCUGCAUCUGCUUCCAGCCAUGCAUGAAGAUCGAUGCUUUCUGUUUCAAUUUCCUUGUUUGCGAUUGGAAGAAUUGCUGGCAGGGCUGCUGGACAGAGAAGGAGUACCUCCAACUUGAAAAAGAUUUGGAUGAAAAAGAACACUUCGCUUCCACUCAAGAUGGCAUGCCUUAUCAGCUCCAACACACGUCGGCCGCUGAUGAAAGGGCUGUGUCGUCUGGGAGUAGCCAGCCUACAUUAGAGGAGGAACCACCACAUCCGGAGACGCCCAAGGUUCGCAAACACAGACCUAAGAAUAUUGAAACCGCGCAUACUCGGAGCGUCUCACAGCUCCCUGAACUUGGACCUCCUCUGUCGCCUAUACAAAUAUGA